GGAGGAUUUCUACCAAGUACAACAACACCCCCAUCCUAUCUACAUUCGAAACACGGUCGUCGUGAGCCUGCUCCACAACCCCCGCGAUGGUGGAAAGCAUGGUCCCGAAAGCGGAGAAGACGGUGGUGGCCGACAACGAGGUCGAGUCUGGGUCGCAGCGGGCCUACCGUCCGACCCGCUGGCAGAGUAACCUGACCAUCCUGAGCUGUUACAUUGCCAACUUCAGCGAUGGUUUCCAGAACCAAUUGGCCAAUCCCACCAAUGUCAUUUUCAAGAAACUGCUUGGAUCAUCUGGCUACCCCGCGGAAAUGAAAACCCGGAUCAGUAAUUCGCUACUUAUCGGGGCCAUCCUGGGCGUGAUUGUAAUGGGAUACGUCUCCGACAUGGCAUCGCGGCGUGCCGGCCUGCUCUUCACCUCGGGGCUGGUCACCAUCUCCACCCUCAUGGCCGCCCUGGCACUGCAGGUGCACCCGUCCUACAAUAUGCUCUGGUACUUUGUCAUCAUCCGCGGUAUCUGUGGCUUUGGCGUCGGGGGUGAAUACCCUCCCAGUGCUGCGGCCGGCUUGGAAGAGUCCGACGAUUUCAAACGCCGCUAUCGAGGCCCCGUCUUCGUCUCCUUCACCACCUUAAUGGCCACCACCGCCGGACCCAUCCUAAUGAUCAUCUAUCUGAUCUGCCUCAAGGCCACGGACAACAACCUCCCCGUCACCUUCCACGCCAUCUACUCCAUCGCCACCAUCCUCCCCGCCAUCAUCAUGGUCCUACGAUUCUUCAUGACCGACUCAACCCUAUACCACAACUCCAACUUCAAGCGGCAACGCAAACCCGCCCGCUUCUACUGGGUGCUGGUGAAACGCUACUGGAAGCGGCUCUUCACCACCUCCCUGGCCUUUUUCCUCUACGAUUUCAUCAACUUCCCCAACAGCAUCAUGUCCAGCUCCAUCAUCGCCUCGCUCGUCAAGGACGGCAACAUCCAAACCACCGCCGUCUGGCAGGUCAUCCUGGCCGUGCUGCCCGUACCGGGCGUCAUCAUCGGCGCCUGGCUCACCAAUGCCAUCGGUCGGCGCGGCACCGGUCUGGUCGGCUUCGCAGGAUACGUCGUGCUGGGUUUCAUCAUCGGGGGCACCUACGCCAAGCUCUCUAAACAUAUCGCCGCGUUCGUGGUUCUGUACGGCCUGCUCCAGGCCUUUGGGCACCUGGGACCCGGCGCCACCAUCGGACUAAUCUCCACCGAGUCGUUCCCGACUGCCAUGCGCGGUAUGGGAUACAGUGUGGCUACGGCUUUUGGGCGGACUGGAGCGGCGGUCGGUACGCAGUGCUUUACUCCCUUGCAGGAUGCGGCGGGUGAUAGUUCGACGUUCUAUCUGGCUGGUGGGGUGGCGGUUCUGGGGAUGAUUGUGUACUGCUUCUUGCCGGAAAGCGGCAAGUUGGAUCUGGAGAAGGAGGAUCGUGAGUUGGAGGGGUAUCUGGCUCUGCAUGGGUUUACGAUGGAGAAGGAAUAUUAAAAGGGGAGAUGGAUGUGUUUUGGGGGGGGGAUGACGGUGUCUUGGGUGCUGAUGGGAAAAAAUGAGAUAUGAUUAUGACGCAGAUAUUUAAUAUAGAAUCUAGUCGACUUUUGGCC